UCGCGCAGCAUUGAUCUAAAGCACGUCGUAAUCUUGAAAGACCCUGUAAGAACUUUCAGAAUAUUCACAACCAUAAUUUUACAGCAGCCGUUGACCAGUUCCAUUAAUCUUUAUGUUAUAUCAGCGUAUUAAUGUAAUCAUAUGUGUCCGCUGACAUUCAGGUGAUACAAAUAUCAGUGAAUCUGCGCAGCGCCUACCCCGAACCGCUGGCAGCGGACAAUUUCUCAACGGUGUUGAGACAGACAGUGGGCGUAGCUUAUUCAGUUCGUGUCACAGAGCAGCAGCGAAGUUAAAAGGGAAAUCUUGCAUCUGCGGUAAUACAGUAGCUGGCAUCGAAGAAAAUGAAACUUGCUGGUCGCCGAGAGGGGUGAUGCCCUGGCACAAUCAUGUGUGUGAAACAUGACCACCAUGGCCUCUUGGGAUCUGUGUAACAGCAAGCCAAGCAUGGAGACCACAGGUGGUGGUGUCUCCACGGCUGCGGAGUCAGACAUUUACCGGAGCGUCCAGGCAGUCCUCCGAGAGCUGGACUGCCAACAUCCCUCCUCCAUGUUCAACAAAGGGAUGUUGAGAUGGACGCUACACAAGAAGGUCCAAAGCAACCCCUCUCACAGUGUCUCUUUGGUGAAAAUAGUGGUGAAGGAACUGGAAAGGGCAGAGAGAGUGGACUGCAAAACAUACAUUAUUCCCCUGCUGCAUACCCUUAUCUAUGCUGUUGUACAGACGGCUUACAUUCCUGAUGACCUGUACAAGAGGGUGUACGACUUCUGCAAGAGGCUCCUGACCUUGCCUCAGCCCUACUGCACUGUGGGCCUCAGCUACGCCAAGCACAUGAAGACAGAGCGCUCCACGCCAGGUGCUUUGUACCAGAGGAUGGUUCUAAGCGAGCAGAGUCUGAAGAGCGAGAACUAUCCCUUCCAGGAGAAGGUGUUCGUGUUCGCAGACCCCGCGGUGCUCUCCGGGCCUCUGGGGGCGGCGGUGAGGGCGGACGUGGAGCACGCGGGGUCGUACCGCGGCCCUCUCGCCCACAUGUGCAGCGUGGUGCAGCACACCCUGCAGUCUGCGCUCGGAGAGGACUGCCACGGCCCCACGCUCGCUGACGUUCUCAAGGACAUAGGCCAAGAUGUUGAGCCGUACUUCCAGGAAGUGGUGGCGACUGUGGAGCAAAAUGCAGAGGAAGCAGGGGCGGACCGUAGUCAGUACGCUGCCAGGCUGCGGCAGCUCUACAGCGAGAUCCUGACUGCUGCUAACCAAGACCCAUUGUCCCGCGGCUCUCUGUGUGACACUCCGCUUCCCAAUCCGGAGAUCAGCUUCCACCUGUGGAGGGAGGAGGAGGAGCUAUGGCGCGAGCUGGCGAAGUUUGUCCGCUCCAGCUCCACCGAGCGAUGCUCGCUCGACCAGGACGACUUCGAGAUGCCGGAUUUUCCGGCGGACCUCAGCCCCGAGAUGCCCCGCCAUUCCAUCAUGUCCACGGACAGCGGGAUCGAGAGGGACCUGCCGCCGAGCGAGCUGCCCGGCGUGGGGGCGGAGUCCCCCGGGGGCGGGGCCGAGCAGGAGCAGCUGCGGCUGACGCGCCGGGGCUGCAUCAAGAUGAAGCCCUCGGUUACGGACAGCAUGGCCCUCAUGCAGGACUCUCUGGAGGAGCCGGGGGCCGGGGGGACGCUGCAGAGGAAAGCGGGGAACAGCAGCACUCCCUUCCCCAAACAGCAGCGGCACUUCAUCGCGCGCAUCGUGUUAAUGGGAGAUGACAGGGUACUGGGGAGGCUGGCCAAGGCCUACUACUCUCUCAGGAAAAGGGAGGCAAGGCGUCUCUUUUUGACAAUGAAAGUGAACCUGCAGAUGUACUACAUUCCUGUCACUGAUGAAGCCACCAUUACGUCUCCUGUUAAAGAAAAUAUCUCACCAGCAAAGAAAAAUCUUUGUGCUCUGGCCUCGUAUUUGGGAAGGGUAGACCCAUGGUACGAAUGCAACAUCAACAGCCUGGGAUACAUGAUUCCCAAGCUGGCAAAGAUGCAGUCCGGGCCCAGCAGGUCAUCAGAGUCCAGCUCCUUCCUGGUGGACGUGAUGUCUUACUAUACCCGCACUGCGCUGCAGCCUGUCUACUUCACCAUUUACUCCGUUAAGAUCUCAUUCUCCAACCUGACGAAAGAUCCAGUGGAUGAAGUAUUCGUGUCCCACCUGGAGAUGGACUUUCCCGAGUUUAGGCUGCUCACCACCACACUGAAAGAUGCGUCAGUGCGGCACAAGAAGAACAUUGCAGAGCUGUGUGGAGCGGUUGUUUCCAUAAACUACAGAAAGGCCUCAUUAAGCAGUAGAGAAGUGGAUACGGGGAUAUCACUAAGAACAACAGGCAUGAACAUCAGUGCUAUUCCCUCUAACGAAACAGAAGAUUUUGACUGUCUUACUGUAAGCUUCAAUGAAACGAAACCCAAACUUGGCACGGAGCCCAAGAUUAGAACUUGCAACAUAAAAAUCAGGACCCUUGAAAACAGGACUUUCACUGUUUGUCUUGACAAAGACUCUCGCAGAACGUUUAAAGAUGUUCUAAGUGUUGAAAUAUCUCCUUGCAUGGAUCCUGGUUACUGCAUUCAGAGGACCAUGAGGUCCAAGUUCAGCCUUAAAGAGGAGACAGGACUGAUCAAGUACAUUAGCAAGGGUCUGCCUCUUCCCAUCAACACCUUCGCUGGCAUCAUCCACUGACUGGAGGGGAGGUGGAGUAUCGCUCAUAUGGAGAAACUGACAUUGCUGUUUACAGUGGCUGAAGAUGCGUGAAGCACCACCCAUCUGCAAAGACUAUUUGGGUGCUCACUGAAUCUUUGCCAGGGUAUUUUAGAAGCUGUAUUAAUCAAUUGAGACUGCAGUUGAUGAACUGAACAUUUGUAGAAACUUCAGAUGCAUGGAACUGUUGGUUAGUUGGCAGCUCCAAGUACUUUGAUGUUUGGUACCUGAUUUAUUCCUGACAAUCAAAUCUAUGAAUCACAGUCACUGUCUUAACAUGCAAGUGCCUUAAUUAUAUAGCACAGAUACACAUAUGCACUAUUUCCUGUUCUUAUGGAAGCUAUGUCUAAAUUGGCUCAUGGGGUCUGAGCUGAUCUUGAUAUCUGUGAUAUGAAGCAGCUCAAAACACAAGUACGCCCCCUGGGCCGGAUGUGAGUGUAUUGCAGUGCUAUUACCCAUAGGCCAUCUUUCUAGUUCCAAGAGCCAAGCAGAGAAGCACUGGGUUCCUUUUGUAUAAAGUCUUUGGUAUGGUGGGAUUUGGGACAAAUAGCCCAUAACAAACAGCCCAUAGCUGUAACAUGUCAGAGCUGCCCAUUGAACCCACCAGUUCACUUACUACAAACAAUGCACACAUUCAUUUAGUAAAAAGUCACAUCUGAGUCUUAUCUGAACCACCAAAAAAUGGUAUACUCAGUGGCCUUAAAGGCAGAACUAUGGUCUGGUUAAAUUUGAAAUGUUUCAUAAGUGACGCAAAUGCCUAUGAUCAAUCAUUGCAGAACUGUAUUUCAUAAACCCAGGGCCCAGCCCUCCUCCUCCAGUUGAUGACUUAAGCUGACCUUUCGUUUGAACUUUUUGAUGAACGGACAAAAAAAAGCUCAGUAUUUUUUUCCUGCAGAUCACUGUCUGAUCAUAUAAAUAACCAGAGAAUCAUUCUGAAAGACUUUUUGUGAGUUUACCAGUGUGUGGUUUGUGCAUGGUAAUGACUAAAUUGCGCUCCAUUAUCGAAUUGCAUGCCUGCCUGUAAUACUGGGAAACAAAAACAUUAAGAAGUAGAUUUCACUUUGGAUGUUGCUGUACUACGACCAUGUACAAAAGAACAAAUUCAAAAUUAAUUUCACAGGUUUCAUAUGUCAAAUCCAUGGUACGAGAAGACUUGUCAUAAUUGUGCGGCUGUUAAGAAGAACCUAAGAAUUGGCUGCUCUAUUGCUGACUAUGACUCCACUUUCUCAGAGCAAUCCCAGCCUAGAUAAAACGCCUCCUUGGAAGAAGCAGGACUCGUUGUGUGUCUCUUGAGGCGGAUUAGAGGCUGUCUUAGCCUUUCUUAGCCUUAGUUGUCAUUGCCUAACUAUGAGACUAUCUGAGGGCAUGUUUUUGUCAUAACAGCAAGAAGUCUGGUUCAUUGUGCUGCACAGCAUUUGAAAUCCAUUUUGUGAGACUGACAAGGGAGCUGCCUCUGUUAUUUCUGCUGCUCACUGAGCUUCUGCUACUGAUGUCUCUUUGGCCCUUGACUUCAUAUGCUAAUCAGAGAUGCAGUACUCAGUGUCAUUGGCUUGAGGCUGUCGGUGGGAUAGUUAAUAAGAUGACCACAACUUGCAAAGCCCUUUUGCUUUUUUUUUUUUUGUCUCAUGCAGGUUUCUUUUAUCUUUAGCAUUAGCAGUAAGAUACGUAUUGCUUUAUUGUGAAGUGUGGGGUCAUCUGACAGGACAGAGUUUGAUAUGGUUGUUUUGGAAAUGACUUUUUUUCAUAGUGGGCAUUCUUAACCAGUUUAGAAAUUCAGCACUAUACGUAGAGGACCACAUCUGUCAAAGCUACUUGAAACUGAUGUGCUGAAAUUGUCCUACUGACCUGAAUGGGUGCUGAAAGGGUAUGUUUUUCAAUAAUGAAAACCAAAACAUGUUGGCUUGCUAAUGCUCUAAACCAUUUUGAUUUAGAGUACAUUUUCCAUCAGUCCUGCACCCAUGCGUUUUGAAUUUAGGUUGUUUAUCAUGAUUAAAAGACAUGAUUUUUGUGUUUGUUAUACAUGCAUACUCUGAAAUCAGACUUUGAAUCAGUUAACUUAAAAUAUAGGGGGUGAGGAGGUGGUGGCAGUACAGAACUAGAAUGGAUUUAGGUUCAUUCACUUUUAACAUUUGCACACUAUUUCAGUUUUCUCUUCUC